CGAAAACUUUGUUUUGUAAAUGAAUUACAGCAGUGGUUCUUAUUAAACUAAAUUAAAAGUAGAAGUCGCGCUGUUUCAAAACUAAAUGAGUUGUUGUGUUGUGCUAGUGAUAGUUCGUGAUAUUUGUUUUUCUUUCAGCAAUUAAGUCCGGCCCUAUAUUGUAGUGAUCUCGUAUUGUCCGAAGAAGUUUCGGCUACUCACGAAUCUUCCUUCAUAGAGAAACAAAAUGACCGUACCUUCUACCUCUACGUUGAGGGAUAAUGAUCCCUCGUUUGCUCUCUCUUGGUCUGGAAUGACUUACACCGUGGAUGCACCAAACAAGACCUCCUCCGAUCCCGAUGCCGAUGAGAAGAAUAACACCAAAGACAACAACAAGGACAAGAAGAGGAAGACGAUUCUUGACAGUCUUUAUGGCCAGUUUCGUAGCGGAGAAGUGGCAGCAGUGAUGGGUCCUAGUGGAGCGGGGAAAAGCACGUUGAUGAACUUGCUAGCCGGUCGCGUCGAUUGGAGAACUGGUGUAGACCAGAGGAAAACGAUGGUUCGUCUCGAAAUGUUUGAAGACGAGAAAAAUAUUGACGUCGUGGGAGACGCGGUCGAGGAGGAGAUGGGCGACGGCCAGGGCAUAGAUGAAAAUGAGUACCAGUUACAGUUGGAGAUGACUGAGCAACCAGAGGUCAACAUUGACGAUGAUGUUGGAGGACAAGUAGAGCCUCUGAAUGCAGUAGAAGGAGUUCGAGUCGAGCCUAGUAGUGCUCCUCGUGCUAUUACCACUCUUUCUUCUAGAACGCCGACCCCUACAUCCAGAAAUAUAAACAUCAACAGCGUGGUUAACAAAAAUCGUCAUGCCACAAAGAAAAACACCCCAAAUAGUACUGUCAGAUCUUCACAAACCUUGACCGAGAAAGACCUACGGGAUAUGAUCGGGUUUUUGCCGCAAGACGAUGCGCUUUUUCCUUGGCACACAGUGGAGGAAGCACUGAUGUUUCGGGCUCGUCUAGCUGCAGUUUCGUGGACAGGCCACUUUGGCGAAAAUGGGGAUGCAGCUGAAGAUGCUGAUGUUGAGUGCUAUGUAGUAGAUGAAAAAGAGAACCAAUAUUACGAUUACACGACUGCUGAGGGAGAAGAUAUUGCUGGCCCUCCGGACGAGGACUCAGUACUAGACCACAGCAAGAAGAUGAAUGGACAGCAAGACCGAAAACCCCUCUUAGUCCAGGGCAGACCAUCUAGAGCUACCUCAAAGUCGAUUCAGUUGAAAAGAGCACGCUCAGCGUCUUCAACUCUGUCCGUCAUCCGUAGAUCCAGCGACAGCUACAACCAAAAUCCCAGAGGAGCUUCGAAUGAAAAGAGUAUCAAGACACGGGUUGACGAGCUGAUAGCACGACUUGGCCUGGAGAAAGCUAGGCAUACUCUAGUCGGCGCAGCGAAUAAUCCGUCAUGUUAUGAAGAAGACAAAAAAAAGAAAUGUUGACAUAGUGAUUGAGAUCGCUAUUAGUUUAGUCAAAACUUGUGUGAGUAAGCAUCGUGACGAAGCACUAUCAUGACGCCGCGCGGAAGUCUGCACUGAAUAAAUCUGUGCGAGAUUCAUUGUCUUGUAUUGUAUCUAGCAGGUGUAAGUUGUAUAUCUUUGCUUUAAAUAUUGGCGUUCACAUUGUUGUUGUUCACUGUCUCUUACUCUUCCUCCUCUAAUGAUUCCGUGGCGUCUCUGGUGGUGAGCGUAAGCGUGUCGCUGUUGCGUGUGAGUUGCUAUCUGGGCCACCAAUUUUGUUCCUCGACGAACCCACAUCUGGCCUCGACUCGUUGUCUAGUACUGAGUUGAUUCGGUAUUUGAAGCAAUUAGCGCGAGAAGAGAACCGACUCAUUGUGUGCACCAUUCAUCAACCUUCGAGUUACGUUUUCUCCCUGUUCGACCAUUGCAUUCUGCUCAAGGAUGGCCGCAUGUUGCUGGAAGGGAAGACGGCUUGUUGUACUACUACUACUACUACUACUACUACAACUGGUGGCGCCAGCAUCAAUUUUAAGGCUGUUGUACCUAAUAGAUACAUCUUUGGACGCAUCCUUGAAACGUAUGGAGGAGUAAUAUCCACUUAAGGGGAUAAUACUCUCCCAUAGUUGUACUUUUCAAGGAUGCACUUGAAAGAUCAUGAAUUACGGACAGCUCUAACAAUUCAUCUAGUGGCCCCAAGAGUUGUAGUUCAACAUCAACAUCAGUAACUGACGGCCUUGAUCUUGUUUGCCGAUCAGUGCCAGCUGGAUUUAAUGCAGCUGAUUGGCUUCUUGCGCAAGCAGAUGAGAUUGCAAGUAGCGAAGAAACCCGGAUUUUGGACUUUUCUAGAACUCGAUUUUUUUCGAAAAGAGGGAUGGUACCAAGAAACACAAGCGAGCCCCAGCUCAACAAGUGUGGAGAUAACUUUGAAGAUGAAGAAGAGAGUCAAUUGAUAGAGUACGACAACAAAGCUGGAGGUACACCAUCAGGUGGAGUACGAAAUGGACCUAGUAAUCCCAUGCUCCAAGAAGUUUUCUGGCUGUGGCAGCGAGAGUUCUGUGCCUUUCGCAGGAAUCGGGCAGCGACUGUCGCACGCUUUGGAACCGUUGUUUUCUUCAUCAUCUUGUUUAUGGCUUGGUAAUUAUUUGAUUUAGUGAUCGCAAUUUUCUUGUUUGUGGUUGUAGCUUGACAAGACAUGAUUAGGUGGAAGAUGGGUGCCUGUCACUGUCUGCACAUAGAAGUACACCUAGAAUCUGACAUGAUUGGCUUUGCCUCUAAUGCAAACGGCGUGUUGUUCAGCAACAUAGGUCUGGAUCACGAUAGUUUUUUCCAGAAGAUGAGGGACGCAGCAGGACACCAACUUCAAGAGCUACCAGGUAGUAGUGCCUCUGUGGCUACUUCAACAACAACUUCUGGCUCUGCACCUGCAGGUAUGAAUUUGGCUGGCGGUCAGCAAAAUGGUCCGGCAGCGGCAGGUCUAGAUGCUGGUGCGAAGAAUAAGUUUCUUUCAACAUCAGGAGCAUCCGCAACCUCGGGGGCAACAAUGGCUCCUCCACCUGGUGCAACUACGCCAUCGCCAUCAGCUCCUGGUGAACAACAUCAACAGCAGCAACUUCAAGCUCUUGCGGCAACACAAGCCUUAAAAGAUCUGCUCUCUGCGCUUCCGAAUAUGCUCCGUGGAGAGUCAGGCGCGUUGCAGAGCACUAUCAUUACCCUCAAUUUCCAAUGCGCCGCUACGCAUAUGACGGAGCUCGUAAAUUCGCGCGACAUCUUCUUACGCGAAUACGGCGCUCGACUUUAUCGACCGUCGGCAUACAUUUUGGCCAAGUUUUUGAUGGAAGUAACGUCCAACACUUUGCAGAUUCUGCUUUACUACCUCGUGCUCUACUUCGUCAUGGGACUUCAUGGGUACUACGACUGCAUCAUCUAUCUGCUUUUGAUUUCUAGCUUAGCAACUGAAACUUCCGCUUCGUUGGAAUUUAUAUAGGAUGUGCGAUUUCCAGCAAAGUAGAUUAGGAUAAACUUCUACUUACAUCCACUCACACUACAACAGGGAUUUCUUCGUGUUGUGUCUCUCUGGUCUCUGCUUGAUGCUGGCUUCCUCUUCGCUGGCUCUUUUUGUCAGCUCUGUGGUGAAGAGUGCGGAGAUUGCUACGGUCUUACAGCCUUUGCUGUUUGUGCCGCAGAUCUACUUGUCCGGUCAAGUGGUACCUAUUGGACAGGUGCAUCCUUAUGUCAGAUGGACUAGAUUCCUGAUGCCAUUAGCCUUCGCCACAGAUAUUUCAACGACUGAGAAUUUCCGAACUUUCGAGACGAAGUUGGAUGCGGAAAUUUCGAGACAAGAAGAAGCCAUAAAAAAUGCGAAUGUGGUUGUAGCGCAACAGCAGGGCACGGCACAACAACCACUACCACUCCCAGGCGCAGACAAUAUCAAUGCGCCCUCUGGUUCUGCUGCAGGAAAUGCAAGUCCUUACCUGGCUUCUAAUUUGGCCUUGUUGCAUCAGAUUCGCGAGACAGCUCAAAGGUGUCUCGGUGUACCUGAACGUUUCCCAGGUGGAGCCUAUUUGGAUGUGAGUAUGCUUCUAGUCACCUUCGUCGUCUUUCGCAUUGCGGCUGUGUGGGGACUGCAUUACAAUGGGAGAUACUUGUAGUGCUAGUAGCUUUUGUCUUCUCUUCUAAGACUCAGUAAAAACAUAAGUUGAAAUUUCUUAUAAUCUAAGUUAAAGGCAGAGUUGCUCCUUCUCGUACCCCACACUAGCGAGGAAACCUUCACCUUCAUCUUCCUAGAAAGAAAAGAAUUAAGACCUCACUUAAUCCAUCUCUAUUUAGCCCAUCUCUGAGCUGUUUUCAGGUAGAAAAGCGGAGGCAGAUGAUGGAAGAGAUGGAUUGUAGUCAGUUCUAAAAGAAUCGACAGAAAACAUAUAUAUAAUGAAGGAAAGAAGCGACAUAAACGUGGCCGCAAGGAUCAACUUCAACAUAAACCACCUCCACCUUUACUUCUUUUGCUUUUAGAACCUCUCUUAUACUCGUUCAAUACCUCCAAGAAAUAAAUCACGACGACACAUGGCGACUUUUCGAUUUCGACACUAUAGCCAACUAAUCCUCUUUUUUGACACAUAGACUCAUACGACAUGACACAUACUCAUACAACAGUCCUAGUCCUUGUCGAAAGGCUAUCAAUCAUCGUGAUUGCAUUCCAUGGACGCCGUUCGGCUUUCCCACCAGUUCCGUAAUAAUCAUUCGACAGUCCCUGUUAAAUUUGUACAACUUGUCCUCGCCCUCCUCAACUUAAUACCUGAUCAUCAUGAGUAUGAGUUUGAUAUUGAUGACGCUCUUGCUCUCAACUACAUCACUG